AUGCUAACGACCGUUAAAGCUUUAAGGUGCAUUAAGUGCAUUAAUAAUAAGAUCACAUCGAAGUUUAAUAAAGACUAUUAUAAUUACGAUACGAGCGUUAUACGCUAUCUUCGGUGUGCUAAAGGUAGCUAUAGCAAUUGCACCGUUGCUUUUGCCGCUAUUAAUACCGCUUUCGAUAACUUCCUCGCUUUAAAUGCUGCCUUUUUAAAAGGUGUUGCUAGUAGUCCGAGCGGUCUAGCGAGUAGAAAUGGAAGUUUUAAAACAACGAACCGUGAUCCGAUGACGCGAAGCGCUUCGAGUAUAUCACCUUUUCCUCUUGCGCCUGCCGCCCUUGUUGCUCCCGUCGCUUUCGCAGCUCCCGUCGCUCCCGUCGCACCCGCAGCUCCCGUCGCUCCCGUCGCACUUAUUAUCGUCGCUCUUUUUGCGCUAGUUAUUGCGCCUGCCGCUUUCGCGGCGGCGCCCGUCGUUGCUAUGACUCUUGCGGAGCGCCGAGCUAAAAUAAAGAGAUUGUUAAAAGCUUUGAUUGAUCUUUUGUUAUGA